CGGAGUGUGGAUAGAAUAGAAGAAAUACACAGCACAACAUCCGCCAAUCAGAAUUCAGAAAAUCACACAGACCAAAUCAACAAAUCCUCCACUUCACAUCUCCAAAAACCCCCCCUAGCCUCUCUCAUCAAGGAGCAAAAGUCAAUAAUUUUGCUCCGAAGCCUGCCACACUCCACUAACCUUUUACAUCCAAAUAAAAAAAAGGAAGCCAGACCAAACCAACAACCACACGCCCCCUCCUCCAUCUCCACAAACUCGCAACAAGUAAAACCCCUGUCUGAAAUCGUCUCCUAACGCUGAAUGGCUGUUGCGAGUGGAUUUGCGACAACUAUUUCGGGUGCCAAAAUGGAGACAUUGCUAUCGUUGAAUUCUUCUUCUUAUUCUACAUCAUCUGUAUUCUUUGUUUUGCCACAGGAUAUGCGGGUUUCUUGCAAACCCCCUAGAAAUAAUUAUAGGAGAAGAGUCUUGCUGAAUAAUAAAGGAGGGGGGGUGAGAUGCGAGGUUUCUACUGCUUCGAAUGAUGUUGCUCUUGCUGCUGAAAUUGACCCGGCUAGAGUCUCUAGCAUGUCUGCUCUUGAACAGCUCAAGACCUCUGCUGUUGACAGAUAUACAAAAGAGAGGGCUAGCAUCGUGGUAAUUGGGCUUAGUAUUCACACCGCACCAGUUGAAAUGCGCGAAAAGCUUGCCAUUCCAGAAGCUGAAUGGCCCCGAGCUAUCGGGGAGCUUUGUGGUUUAAAUCACAUAGAAGAAGCCGCUGUGCUUAGCACUUGCAAUAGAAUGGAAAUAUAUGUUGUUGCCCUAUCUCAGCAUCGCGGGGUCAAAGAAGUGACUGAAUGGAUGUCAAAGACAAGUGGUGUCCCUGUUUCUGAAAUUUGUGAACACCGGUUUUUGCUGUACAAUAAUGAUGCUACACAGCAUCUGUUUGAAGUAUCUGCUGGUCUUGACUCGCUUGUUCUUGGAGAAGGUCAGAUUCUUGCUCAAGUUAAACAAGUUGUCAAAGGUGGCCAAGGGGUUGUUGGUUUCGGGAGGAACAUUAGUGGGCUGUUUAAGCAUGCAAUCACUGUUGGAAAGCGGGUUAGAACCGAGACAAAUAUCGCUGCUGGGGCUGUUUCCGUGAGCUCAGCUGCUGUUGAACUAGCUUUGAUGAAGCUCCCUGAAUCUUCUCAUGCCAGUGCCAGAAUGUUGGUAAUUGGGGCAGGGAAGAUGGGGAAGCUUGUCAUUAAACACUUAGUAGCAAAAGGUUGCACAAAGAUGGUAGUUGUAAACAGAACAGGGGAUAGAGUUGCAGCCAUCCGCGAGGAGUUGAAGGAUGUUGAGAUCAUAUACAAGCCCUUUCCAGAUAUGCUAACUUGCGCUGCUGAAGCUGAUGUUGUUUUCACAAGCACAUCAUCAGAAACUCCAUUAUUUGUGAGAGACGAUGUUAAAGAUCUUCCUCCUGUUGGUUCAGAAGUUGGGGGUUCGAGGCUAUUUGUUGAUAUCUCUGUUCCCAGAAAUGUGGGUUCAUGUGUCAGCGACCUUGAAAAUGUGCGAGUUUACAAUGUUGAUGACCUGAAGGAGGUUGUGGCUGCUAACAAAGAAGACCGCCUGCGAAAAGCAAUGGAAGCUCAGGCAAUCAUUAAUGAAGAAUCAAAACAAUUUGAAGCCUGGAGGGAUUCACUGGAGACUGUUCCUACCAUCAAGAAAUUGAGGGCUUAUGCUGAGAGAAUCAGACUUGCAGAGCUGGAGAAAUGCCUUUCAAAAAUGGGUGAUGAUAUCUCAAAGAAAACAAGGAGAGCAGUGGAUGAUCUUAGCCGUGGUAUAGUGAACAAGCUCCUUCAUGGUCCGAUGCAGCACCUGAGAUGUGAUGGUAGUGACAGCCGGACUCUCAGCGAGACCCUUGAGAAUAUGCAUGCUCUUAACAGAAUGUUCAGCCUCGAGACAGAAGUGGCUGUUUUGGAACAAAAGAUUCGAGCCAAACAAAGCCAGAAGUAAGUUCCAACAUAAAAUAGCUUAAUGACACUUCAUUAACCUCCGAAUUGAAUAAGAGGAAAUCUUCCUCAACUUUCUGUGAAUGCUGCCCCCAAGUGUAAACUUCACUUUUUUAUGAGUGAACUGUGAUUCCCUUGAAGGAACACGUCCAUUGAUUUAUUUGGUGCAAUACACUGUUUUCAAUUUGGAAA